AUGCUUCUUUGGAUUGUGUUGCUGAAGGCGGCUCUUUGUGUUGCUAUUGGAAAUGUUACAAGGGACGUUUGUAAGGAGCAGAUCUGCUCCUGCAACGCAAUAGAAGGCGAUUUGCACAUUGACUGUGAAAAGAGGAGCUUUACGAAUCUCCAUCAUUUGACUGGUCCGAGCUCCCAGUUUUACCAUUUAUUACUCCACGGGAAUUCCUUGUCCAGACUGUUCCCCAAUGAGUUUGCUAACUUUUACAAUGCUGUCAGCUUACAUUUGGAGAACAACGGCUUGCACGACAUUGUCCCUGGCGCUUUUCUAGGACUGCAGCUUGUCAAACGGCUGCACAUAAACAACAACAAAAUACGCUCUUUUAAAAAGAACACAUUCCUUGGUUUAGACGAUCUGGAAUACCUACAAGCGGAUUUUAAUCUGCUGAGAGACAUUGACCCAGCUGUGUUCAGGGACUUGAGUAAGCUUGAAGUUCUGAUCCUAAACGACAACCUUAUAACUGCACUCCCGUUGAACGUGUUUCAACAUGUGCCCAUUACGCACCUCGACUUGCGGGGGAAUCGAAUAAAAACGUUGCCUUAUGAGGGAAUACUAGAACAAAUACCUGGCAUAGUAGAGGUUUUAUUGGAGGACAACCCGUGGGACUGUGACUGUGACCUAGUGUCUCUAAAGGAAUGGCUCGAGAAUAUCCCACAGAAUGCUCUCAUCGGGAGUGUCCUCUGCGAGGCACCGACACGACUGCAGGGAAAGGACUUAAACGAGACAUCACAGGCAGACCUGUGCCCUGGAAGUGGGGUAGACUCGGGCAUGGUUGCGCCUCCCACCCAUGACGAGGACCCCGAGUCUGGACCCGAUCCAACGUCUUAUAAAACCGGCGGUGACACGGAGUCCGAAACUCCGGGAAAUAGGCGAAACUGGCAGCUGAAAACGAAACCCACUGCUAUGGCAACGGGGCCGGGCGAGAGGGACCAGCUGUCCAAUGCAUCCUGUCCCCAGUCAUGCAGCUGCAAACUGAUCGGAAUCAGACAAGGACUCGGGGUCAACUGCGAGGGCAAGAGAAUAGAGAGCGUGGCCAAUUUAAAACCCAAACCCCUUAUGGCGCAUGAGCUUGAUCUGCGUGACAACAACAUCCACACUGUGAAAAAGAACCACCUCAGAGGCUACACCAGUCUCACAGUGCUUAGUCUGGGAGAAAAUAACAUCAAAACCAUAGAAAAUGGCACGUUUCAAAACCUCACUGAGCUAAGGUGGCUGUAUAUGGACAAAAAUUACUUGGAUACACUCAUGGCAGAAAUGUUCGUGGGACUGCAGAAUCUGGAAUAUCUCAGUUUGGAAUAUAAUAACAUACAACUCAUCACGCCUGGCGCUUUUAACCCUAUGCCAAUCCUGAGGGUCCUCUUCCUCAACAACAACUUGCUGAAAUCACUACCUGUGGAUGUGUUUCAGGGGGUGGCAUUGUCUAAAAUCAGCCUGCAUAACAAUUAUCUGACAUACAUCCCCGUGUCUGGUGUUUUAGAUCAACUCAAUUCAAUUAUUCAAAUUGAUUUGCAUGGGAACCCAUGGGAUUGCUCGUGCAAGAUUGUUCCAUUUAAACAGUGGGCCGUUAAGCUUGGCCCGGACGUCAUCGUUAGUGAUCUAAAAUGCGAAUCCCCUCCGGAGUCUUUUUCGCGGGAUUUUCGCUACAUUAGAAAUGAAUUAUUGUGCCCACGUCUCAAAGACGUCUUGCCCACUGCCCACUCCAAAAACAGCACUUUGUCUGUAGACACAGGGACCAGGCCCAACAACUAUCUGGAACCCAGCAGAGUGUCCAUCUCUGUUCUGGUGCCAGGUUUGCUGCUGGUGUUUGUCACAUCGGCAUUCACUGUCGUGGGGAUGCUUGUGUUUAUCUUGCGGAAUCGUAAGCGUUCAAAGCGAAGAGAUGGCAACUCCUCAGCAUCAGAGAUAAAUUCUUUACAGACUGUAUGCGACAGUUCAGCUUACUGGCAUAGUGGAUUCAACGCAGACGCACCGCAUAGGAAUUACGACUGUGGAGCUCACUCUCUUUCCGACAAGUAGCCUAAUAUGCUGCUUUGGCGUGCGUAAAGACAGCACAAACUGGAAUACAAAGUAAAGAAUUGCGCAAAUGAACUGCGUUCCGUUAAAAAACAGAAACGACUAGCGGGAAAGACGCAUCACCUACUGCAAAGCUUCUUAGUCGCUUCUGUCGGAAAUAGCCUAUUUUUUGUGUUCUUCAGUUGACUGUAGUUGUCAACUAGCACCUGCUACAGAACUGUGUAAUAUAUGUAAAGAUACCCUCCCACUACCCAGUUCAGACAUUUGCCGCAAUCAGACCGAACAUCUGAGAGAGGAGGACUUGGAAAUGGUGCACGAGCAUGAAUGUAAUGUAAAUAAAAACUGUAUCAUAUCUGCAUGAUUCGCAUGGUCUCAACACACACUGGGAUCCAUACCAUAGUUACAA